AUGAAUUCCUAUUUUACAAACCCAUCUUUAUCCUGCCAUCUAACCAGUGGCCAAGAGGUGCUUCCCAACGUAGCCCUCAAUUCAACUGCCUAUGACCCUGUCAGGCAUUUUUCUACUUAUGGAGCAGCCGUUGCUCAAAACCGGAUUUAUUCUUCUCCUUUUUAUUCACCGCAAGAUAAUGUUGUGUUUAGCUCCAGCCGAGGACCUUAUGACUAUGGAUCUAAUGCUUUUUACCAAGAAAAAGACAUGCUUUCUAGCUGCAGGCAAAAUUCUAUGGGACAUAAUACACAGACAUCAAUCGCACAGGAUUUUACCAGUGACCAAAACAGGAACACUUCGCAAGAACAAAAAACUAGCAUUCAAAUAUACCCAUGGAUGCAGCGUAUGAACUCCCACAGUGGAGUGGGCUACGGGGCCGACCGCCGGCGGGGCCGCCAGAUUUAUUCCCGUUACCAGACGCUGGAGCUGGAGAAGGAAUUUCACUUCAACCGCUACCUGACGCGGCGGCGGCGCAUCGAGAUCGCCAACGCGCUCUGCCUGACGGAGCGGCAGAUCAAAAUCUGGUUCCAGAACCGGCGGAUGAUGAAAAAGGAGAGCAACUUGAGCUCGACCCUCUCCGGGGCGGGCGGUGGGGCAGCCGCAGCCGCCGCCGAUAGCUUGGCCAAGGAGGAGAAGCGAGAAGAGACAGAGGAGGAGAAGCAGAAGGAGUGA